AAAGGAAACACAGAAAUUUCUUUAUCUCUUUAACUUUUUCUUCUUUAAUCCACCAAAAAAGCUGCUUUUCUGAUGAUAAAUUUACUCAAACAAUUUCAUCUUUCCUCUUUGCAACUUCAUUCUUGUUUCACAUCCACAAGAACAAUACAAUUGGCUACCCACAAAAAUCAAAUCCUCUCCCAAAUAGCUAGCCACAGAAACCAAAUCCUUACACUUUUAAUGACCCAUUGCCUGCAAAUUAUUACACCAUUUUCUCCUGAUCAGCUCCACAUUCUGACAUGGGCUUUCAAUUCUUUUUCUCUUUGAUAAUUCUCUGCUCUGUCACAUCUGUUAGUACUAUUUCAGACCAAACCAUCAAAUCACUUGAUCUUCUCAUCAGAGACUACACAUUUAAAUCCUACGACAUAAACUUCAGGACAGGCAAGCUUCACUCUGUAAGACUACCCGCGAAUUUCUCAGGAAUCAGAGCCGAUACAGCGAGAUUCCGAUGCGGUAGUCUUCGACGAUACGGCGCUCAGGUUAAGGAAUUUCACCUUGGAAUUGGAGUUACAAUUCAGCCAUGUGUAGAAAGAGUAAUGGUAAUCAGACAAAACUUAGGGCAUAAUUGGUCCUCUAUUUUCUUCUCAAACUACAAUUUCUCAGGAUACCAAUUAGUUUCACCAAUUUUAGGUCUUCUAGCUUAUAAUGGUGGCAGUGAUGUAAAUUUCACCAACCCAUUUGAGCUUGAAAUUCAUGCUUUACAAAAACAAAUUACUAUAAAUUUCACCAAUUUAACAACCAAUCUUCAAAACCAAUCUCCAAUUUGUGCCAGUUUUGAAAAUAACGGCAAGGUAACUUUAAAAAACCCUGACUCCCUCCAUGUCUGUGUAGCAACAAGGCACGGCCAUUACGGUUUAGUGAUCAAAUCUCCGCCGUUGUUUCCGCCACCGGGGGAGGUUAACAAGAAGAUCAGCCGGUGGAAGGUGAUUGUAGGUGGCACAAUUGGAAGUGCAUUGGCGGUUAUGUUGUUAGGGUUUCUUCUGGUGGCCAUGUUUGUGAAGGUAAAGAAGAAAGCAAGAAUUGAAGAAAUGGAACGGAGAGCUUAUGAAGAAGAAGCUUUACAGGUAUCAAUGGUGGGUCAUGUUAGGGCACCUACUGCUACUGUUACAAGAACAUUGCCUUCCAUUGAACAUGAGUAUAAAUCUUAUUAUCGUCCCUCUUGAUUAAUUAAAUUGUUCUUCAUUUUUAUUAUUCUUUUUGUUGAUGAUUAAUUUAGUUUAAUCCAAAAACUGUAAUGAACACAAAUUUUUUUAUCACUUGAAGAAGAUGAUAGAACUCUGUUUCUUGAUCUCU